AUGAAAUAAGCCGAGCCGUUCCAACGUGAAGGAGCGCGUGUGUUGGAAGAGCAGUAAUAAGAAAGAGCCCGUCUUUUGGACCCAUCCUCGCUCUUCUUCUUCUUCUUCUUCGACGAACUCCUCCUCCCUUAUGCUCGACGGCGACAUCGACGACAUCGACGACAUCUCCAAUGGCGGUUCAGGCUCAGUACCCUCCCAAUGCUCUCUUCCUACAUAGGGCUGAGACGGAGAUGAAGACUAUGGAUUACUCGCAAGAUCAGUCACCCGCUGCCUUCUUUGCAACCACUGGAGGUGGUGGGAAUCCGAGGAAGAGAGGGAGGGAAGCAAUGGCGGUAGUAGGGCAACACGGAGGAGGAACGGUGAGUUUGUUCUCUUUGCAACCUCAGCCACCGCCUCCUACGGUGGUGAGUCUUGCGCAGUUGCAGAUUCAACGGCAACAAACUUCGGCGCCGACGAUCGUGUCCACUGGUCUUCGAUUGGCGUUUGAGGAUCAGACCACUUUCGUCUCUUCAUCUCCUUCUCCUUCGCCUUCUUCCUCACUUCCUCCUUUGAUUUCAUCUCUUUUGUCUGAUGAUCUCGCUGCUCAAAUUAAACAACACAACGAUGAGAUCGAUCGGUUUCUUCGAUCCCAAGCCGAGCAAUUGAGAACGGCAUUAACGCAAACACGGCAUCGGCACUAUCGUUCACUCCUCGCUGCGACGGAGGAGGCGGCGGCGCGUCGUCUCCGUGACAAAGAUGCCGAGGUGGAACGCGCCACCCGCCGUAGCGCCGAGCUUGAAGACCGUCUCACUCGACUUCGCUCCGAGCUGAUGGCGUGGCAAUCCAAGGCUCUUUCCGAUCAAGCCACCGCUGCUUCUCUCCACGUUCAACUCCAGCAAGCUACUGCCGCCGCCGCCACCGCCGGCCCAGUCCACGGGGAGACAAACGAACCCCCAGCCGAUGACGCCGAGUCAGCUCACAUCGAUCCAGCGCGGACGAAGCCAUCACCGAAGGCUUGCCGGGCGUGCCAUUCUCGGCCAUUGUCGGUGGUUCUGAUGCCAUGCCGGCACCUCUGCCUUUGCUCCGCCUGCGACGCCGCCGCCAUCUCCUGCCCCGUUUGCCGCUCCGUUCGGACGGGCAGCGUCCAAGUCCUCCUUCCCUAAAAAAAAAAAUUAAUUAAAUAAUUAUAAUCACAUAUUAUUAAAAAAAAUGAAA